GUGGUUUAUUCCCAAGAAAAUGCCAGUGUUGUUGUUUUUUUUUUAAUCUCCCAAUCCUUCAAUGCCUUUUUUCCACUCAAAAUGUGAUUAAUUCAAUGCUCGGUCACUAUCCCCUGUGAAUAGCAUGGUUCCACUGUUAAAGGUUUUUUGACAGCGGGUGACAGAUUACAGAUUCAUUCUUCUUACGUUAUUUCCUCGGGGGUCAACCAGCAUCCCCAAAACGAAUUAUUUUCCACUCAUGUGCUUCAAGCUGACCGCACCCAUGGGGAAAGCCAACUGGCUACCACGCUGAUUGUGGUCCUUUAUGAGAAGCUAAUUUACCUUACACUCACUUCACUUAUCAUUUGACUCCAGGGUGAAUCUACCGUAUUGUAAGAAGCAUCACUUUUGGACGCUUGUAAGCAGAAUGAAUCAUUAUUUGGAAAAAAAAAAAGGGGCGGGGGGCUCAGCUGCCAGUGGAGCUUUUAUGCAGCUGCAGCUCCUCAUUCACAUGCUGAGUGGAGCAGCAGAAGCGAAGGAAGUCGGGGAGGGAGGAGGGUUUUUUUUUCUUCUUCUUCCUCCUCAUCUCGCUCCAGCUCUGCUCAUUGUUGGACAGCUCUCUAUGCGCGCUGACAGAGACUCCCGACGCCGUGCGAGGGGUGCACAUUGAGCGGAUUGCGGCAAUUAGGACAAGAAAGACUUCCUGGCUAGAUGGUGUGAGCUCCAUCAUAAUCACCACCAUCACCCUCAUCAUCAUCCUCAUCCUCCUGAAAUGCGUCACUGCGCUCACACACAACAGCACGGACUGGUCCCUGCACUGACUUUUACGCCAGGUGAGCGCAUGCGCGGCCCGGCUUCCCCGCGUUGAGCGUCCCCCAGCACUCGCAGCACGAAGGCUCCCGCCGGCCGGAUGCCACCCCCGAUCCCCCCGUCCUCCCCGGCUCCCCGGUGCCUGAGCCUGGGUGUCAACGGCACAUGCGCGGAGCAGCUGAGCGUUGUAUUCCCGCCGCUGUCAUCCACGCUGGCCCUACUGGUGCUGGUGGCCGUGCUGGCAGGCGUCGUGCUCGUCUCCGUGGCAACGUUUCACUUCCACAAGAGGAGGCUGAGGAAUCGUAAGAUCCAGAGAGCGCAGGAGGAGUACGAGCGCGACAGUCGCAGGGCGGCGGCGGUUGCAAGCGGGGCGGCGCGGCCGUGCGUCAUUGCGCGUCCGGUGCGGUGUGCUGUGCACCGAGAGGAGGAGCCGGUGGAGGUGGAGGAGCACGGAAGCGAUCCGGUGGAGCACGGCGGAGCCCCCGCGGACUGCUAAACUCAGGGAACGAGACUGUGGAAUAAACAGGAAAAAGCAAUAA